AUGGAUACCCGUGCCUCAUAUCGGACCCUCGUCUCUCGCUCCCUGGAGAUUUUGAUAAAACGGCAAGGCACAAACGUUACACGACAAGGUCAUGCGACAGAAUUAAUCCUGGACACAGAUGGGCCUGGCGGUGGUGGGGGUACCGGUUCUGGGAAUCCGCCGUUCGUUUCGGGGCGCCUCAUUUCUCUUUUUGCGCCAUUACGAAUGCUGCCAGUUCACGAGCCUUUCUAG